AUGGCGAACGUGGUCGACACGAAGCUGUACGACAUCCUGGGCGUGCCGCCCGGCGCCAGCGAGAACGAGCUGAAGAAGGCGUACAGAAAACUAGCCAAGGAGUACCACCCUGAUAAGAAUCCAAAUGCUGGUGACAAAUUCAAAGAAAUCAGUUUUGCAUAUGAAGUCCUCUCAAACCCUGAGAAACGCGAGCUGUAUGACCGAUACGGAGAGCAGGGCCUCCGGGAAGGCGGCGGUGGCGGCGGCGGCAUGGACGACAUCUUCUCGCACAUUUUCGGGGGCGGACUGUUCGGCUUCAUGGGCAAUCAGAGCAGGAGUCGGAAUGGCCGGAGAAGAGGAGAGGACAUGAUGCAUCCGCUCAAAGUGUCUUUAGAAGAUCUGUAUAACGGCAAGACCACCAAACUCCAGCUCAGCAAGAAUGUGCUCUGCAGCGCGUGCAGCGGCCAAGGCGGAAAGUCGGGGGCCGUUCAGAAGUGCGGGGCCUGCCGGGGCCGCGGCGUCCGCAUCAUGAUCCGACAGCUGGCCCCGGGCAUGGUGCAGCAGAUGCAGUCCGUGUGCUCCGACUGCAACGGAGAAGGAGAGGUCAUCAACGAGAAGGACCGCUGUAAAAAGUGCGAGGGGAAGAAGGUGAUCAAAGAGGUCAAGAUCCUCGAGGUCCACGUGGACAAGGGCAUGAAGCACGGCCAGAGGAUCACGUUCGCAGGGGAAGCGGACCAGGCCCCCGGCGUGGAGCCGGGAGACAUCGUGCUCCUGCUGCAGGAGAAGGAGCACGAGGUGUUCCAGCGGGACGGCAACGACCUGCACAUGACCUACAAGAUCGGCCUGGUGGAGGCGCUCUGCGGCUUCCAGUUCACCUUCAAGCACCUCGACGCCCGCCAGAUCGUGGUCAAGUACCCGCCCGGCAAGGUCAUCGAGCCGGGGUGCGUCCGGGUGGUGCGCGGGGAAGGAAUGCCGCAGUACCGUAACCCUUUCGAGAAGGGCGACCUGUACAUCAAGUUCGACGUGCAGUUUCCUGAGAACAACUGGGUCAGCCCCGACAAGCUCUCCGAACUAGAAGACCUUCUGCCAUCCCGGCCAGAAGUCCCGACCGUCAUCGGCGACACGGAGGAGGUGGAGCUCCAGGAAUUCGACAGCACUCGGGGCUCGGGCGGCGGGCAGCGGCGCGAGGCCUACAACGACAGCUCCGACGAGGAGGGCAGCAGCCACCACGGCCCCGGCGUGCAGUGCGCCCACCAGUGA